AUGAUGUUAUUUCGUUCGUUGAUUCCUAAUAUUCUAAUUAAUGCUCAAUGGGCACAGAAUGGGGUAACUGUUGCUGGAGGCCAUGGAUGGGGCAAUGCCACCAAUCAACUCGACGAGCCUCAAGGUCUCUUCGUUGAUGAUGAUCAAACAAUGGUCAUCGCUGACUACUACAAUCAUCGUAUUAUCCAAUGGAAGAUGGAUGAUAAGAAUGGACAAGUAGUAGCUGGUGGCCAUGGUAGAGGAAAUCGGUUGGAUCAAUUGUGGGGUCCAACCGAUGUGUUGAUCGACAAAGAGACGGAUAGUCUCAUUAUUUGUGAUCGAAGGAAUUGGCGAGUCGUACGAUGGUCUCGUCGUAGCAGCACAACUCAAGGAGAAAUCCUCAUUGAAGACAUCGCUUGUGCACGAUUGGCCAUGGAUGAUCAGAGAUAUCUCUACAUCUCUGAUACCAAUGAAGACGUAUCGAAUAUUACUUGUACUGAUAACACAAUUGCUAUUGUAUACCGAACUGAAGAGGUGACUUCAAUGGCUCAAAAUUUCUUAUUAACUUCGUUUUUAAUAUUUUAUUCAAUAAUGAACAGUUAUGUAUUAGGACAAACUUGGUUGGGUACUUACAAAUGGACCUCAAAAUGUUCUCAAAGUGAAUGUUGCUGCUUCGUCGACCAAUUGACCAUUACUAAGGUAUCAAAUAACGAAGACAAAUUGUCAUUUGUUUCUGGUCGAGCUGGUGCCGCAUGUUCUACAACGAAGCCCAAGAUCACUGAUUUGGGUAAUCAAUCAAAAUAG